AUUUAUAUAAAAAAGGGUAAUUCCAUUUUAAAAAAUUCAAGGUGAUCUUGUCCUUGACGACAUCCCUCAAGAUCAAAUUAAUAAGUCCAGUAAACAAAACUUUUUUUUUUAUAAAACCGCGCAUGUGCGAGAAAACAAAUUCAAAUUCAUUUGAAACUUUAAUUGUGUAUUCAGCAGAAAAAACAGUUUUGCAACUUAUACUUUUCAACAUGUUUACAAAGCGGUCGCCGUUUUUUCCAGCAUUAUAUGCAACAGAAACAUUCAUUGACUUAUAGCUGCCUAUAACUCGAUGGAAACGUCAAGCGCCAAACAACGCAGCCACGCUACUUGAAUCUUAUCUAAUCCAAUUACGAAGAAGAGAAGAUCUUACAAAUCUAACUUAAAAUUGUUCUAUUUUUUUUACUGAAUUAUUAAACAAUAAUUGUUUAUUAAAUGACGUAAUGCUGUGACUGAUUUAUAAUUAUGCGAAAUAUAAAGAAAAUAUAUCAGGAAGUGCUAAAAAGGUAUCCAGUGGGUACACAGGCAGUGCAAGCUGGAAUAUUAAUGGGACUUGGUGAUCAGAUUGCACAGAAUUUUAUAGAAAAUUCGAAAACCAUUGAUUUUGUACGUACAAUAAAGUUUGCUGGAAUUGGCUUGUUUAUUAGUGGUCCAGCAACAAGAACAUGGUACGGUAUUUUAGAUAAAUAUUUAGGUUCAAAAGGUUAUUCCGUUGCAAUGAAAAAGGUUGCUUGUGAUCAAUUGCUAUUUGCACCUACAUUCAUAGCAGUUUUACUAGUUACUAUUGGUAUUUGUCAAGGAAAAGAUAUUGAAAAAGUGAAAAUUAAAAUACGAAAUGAAUAUAGCGAUAUUUUAGUGAAUAAUUAUAAGGUUUGGCCUAUGGUUCAACUUGUAAACUUUUCUUUCAUACCUUUACAUUAUCAAGCUUUAGUUGUACAGUCAGUUGCUUUAUUGUGGAAUAGUUAUAUUUCAUACAGAACAAGUUUAGAUAAAUAUAAUGAAUUUAGAUAAAUAUAUAUCUGACAAAUUUGUAUUAUAU